CCCAGUCACAACGAGCGACCGCGCGCUCGAUAGGCGCGCGCGCCCUGAUGUCCCGUUUCUCGCGGACAGUGCCGUUGCGUUUCGGCGAUCCCACCACCGGCAGCAGUGCCGUCAGUGCUCUCCGUAGAGGCACCCGUGCGUUUUCGCUUUGCUUGACCGGGUUCCGGAGCCGGCAGGAGGUCGCGGCUCGUUCGGUAACCCCGCCGAGAUCUGGAGCCGUAUAAACGCGGUCCCUGGAGUGAUAAGAAAACAUCUACGCCCAGUGAUAUAUAUUCUACGGCACAUACCAUUACCAACUGAUUUUUCUCAUGUACUGCAGUAAUCUUCACCGGUAUUUGUCAAUCUAAUGUUCGGAUUGGUUUUUCUUUUUACGAUCGUGAUGAAGAGAACGAUAAUAUACUGGUCUAAAUUCACGGUGUACGUGACAAGAAGUCGUUUUUGAUCGAACCGCACGGAGCUGUACGGGGAGUAUAGAGAGAGAGAGAGAGAUAGAAAGAGAGAAAAAUAGAAAUAGAGAUAGAUAGAGAGAGAGAGAGAAAGAGAGAAAGUGGACGUGACGCGGUUCUUUAUCGAGAAAGAAUAAAAUCGCGAUGAGAUGAAAUACAUGAUAUAGAAAUAAAGAAAAAAGAAGGAAAGGAAAAACCAAAGGAAAAGUGUGAAACGUGCAUUAUGGUGUUCUGUUGAAAAUUUUCGACUGGUGCAGUUUAAAUUUUUAAUACACCGACCUACCUUAUACCUUUACCUCCUUACAUAGACAGAAAACUCAAUAGUUGUGGGCCUCGAGUGAAUUAUCAUUUUGAUUUUCCCUUCGGUAUUUGUGUAUGUGAAUAUAAAAAACAAAGAAACUACAUUUACGUUACACCGCGUUGUGUCUCCGUAUAAUAUGUAACGUAACGUUUGAAUCACGCAAUUGAAACGAAGAAAGUGAGUGAAAAAGAUUGACAAAAAAUUAAAGUAAUAAAUAUUAUACGACGGUGACAAGAAACAAAGCAAGGAAUAUAUUAAUAGUAAAAAGCAAUUUAAAUGAAAUUAGGAAACCGGACGAAUACUAAACAAACAAGCUAGUAUAAAAUUGAUUGAAACAUAAACAAAAAAAAAUUUACCGAGUCACGUUGAAUAAUGUAAUAAUAAAAUAAAAAAAAAAAAAAAAGAAAAAGAAAGCAAACGUGCGGUUAAUAUUGUAUAGAAUUAGCACAGAUUAUAAAUAAUAUUGAGCUGCUUCGCGAACAAGUAUAAAAAAACAUUUCGUUUGUGAAGUGAUGGAAUGAAAAAAAAAAAAAAAAUUUGUCUACGACUUGUGCUGUAAAGGCGACGUGUAUAUGAGCAUGAUGUAAAUUUUUAACGAAUUCAGCAAGCAAUAUAUGUACGUCUACACGUAUGUACAUGUACGUGGUGAUACGAAUUAAAUUUUUUAUUUCCAUGCGCCCCACGAUGACGGUUGACGAUAAUAAAACAUGUCGAGAAGAAUAAUAAUGCUACGAAAAUUCGAACAUUCAUCAUGAAGUGAAAAACAGGUGCGACGUAGUUCAGUACAUAGAACAGUAUCAGUUUUUAUUUUACCCAGGUACAAAAAAAAGGGAGAGAAAUAUAUAUACAUAUAUACAUAUGUAUGUAUUCAUAUAUAUUAUAUGAAUAGAGCACACCUAUGAAAGCUUCGCUGAUCGAAACUGUUCACGCUUUCAAUAUCUAAUAAUGCGUAAUAUAAGUUGUACAAUUCAAGGCACUUUUGACCGUCACCAUUACAGGUAUUACGCAUACGCAAAUGGAAAAGCAGCCCGGCAAUUUAAAUAUCGCUGUUUAAAUUCUCGGUUUUAAAAGGACACGUCUACGUUAUAUUAUACGCGGCUGUUGAAGCAGGGGGCAGCGAUCUUUUCGUAACUAAUUAACAUAUACGCUCAUCUCAUGACUGUGACUCGUAGCUUGUAGCUUAUAAGGAUUGUUUAUUUGAAAAGUUGAAAAGUUAAUAAUUAUAAAUAAUUCUGAUAGUGAAAAUUUAGUGAGAAAUAAAUAAGUAAUUAAAAGCAAGCCAGUGAAAUAUGCCUGUGCGAUGCGAUCGAUCAUCUUAUUAUUAUAAUCUACGGGUGGAGAAGAUAAAAUAGAAAGUGCAGUAAAACGGAUACGAAGAAGGAGCUAAAAUUAAAAAUAAUCAGCGAGUCGUUGGUUUUUAUUGGUGAGAAUUUGAUUACUAAUAUUAGUAUUGCCGAAAUAAUUAACGAAUAGAUAAACUUGAGAGUUUUUAUAAAUUGAUAGUCACAUGGUGCGUUAUUUAUAGGAUAAAAAGUUACGUUUGACUCGGAAUCCUGAGGAAUGAAAUAAUUUAAACAAGAAAGUAAAAAAAAAAAAAAAUAGAAUCGAGAUUAUACCUACGAACAGAACAACAUGGAAAAUAAUUUUCUGAAAAUCGUUGAAAUUCGACAUAACUGAGUGAGGAGAAAAUUACGGAAGAGAAGAGUAUCGGCGAACAAUCGAAUCCCUGAGAAUCGCGUAAAAUAAUAAAAACAAGUAAUAAGAAAGUGAGAAGAAAAAAAAUAAUAAUAAUAAUCGCAGGACAAGCAACGUUUUCGCAGUGGCUGAACGACCGUAGGUCGAGGGUGUGAAAAAUUUUCGGUCAAUAAGCGGCGCCGAAGGGGGUCACGGGGCGCACGUAAACGUGCAUAAAUAAAAUAUGUACGCGGGCAGCGGUGCCGAGACGGGUAAACGGGAGAUGAAAUCCGCGACCGAAUGACAUCUAGACAGGGUGGGGGCGGCCAUGUGGGCUGCGGGGGCGGGGACCGGGCCCCGAGUUCGCCUAGCAGCGGCUCGGAGGAGAACGGAUUCGUCCACCGGCCGCGGGUCGCCGGGCUCUACGCGAACUUGAGCAGAGAGGAACUGGACCGAGUCUCCGAGGAGGGGAUAUACGGGCCGAACGGGGACCCGAACGAGCGGCGAGAUGCGUCGGGGAGCCAGCGCAGCCUGAACCUCCCCUCGAUCGGAACGGGGGGCCACCCCAGGCCCCAAAGGAUAUCGCGGACCCCGCAGCCGCCGCGAAGAUCGGCCGUCGGGGCGGGCAGACGGUCGGAAAAGCCGCGGAGGUCGUCGCCUGGGGGCCCGGGACGAGCGGGGCCCUCUGAGGGGGGGGCCUCACUGACCUCGCUAACAUCGCCGAGGCCGCGCCGCGCGGAAAAGGGGUCCGCGUCCCGCCGCCCGACGGAUUUCGGCUCGGCGGACAGCGUCGCGCAUCAGUUUUACCGACCGAGCGCUGGGACCGCGCGGGAGUCACCCCCUACCUGCGGGGGCCUCAGUCCCCGCGAUCACGAAAUCGGCGACACGCUGUCGCCGCUGUUUCCGAGGUGCAGCGCGCGGCCCUAUGCCAGCGCGUUCGGCGCUCGGUACCCCGAGGAUUUGGGGCCUUGUUUCGCCGCCUACGAUCCCAGGGAGCCGGGGCCCGCCGAAAGGGACGAGCGGUUUCUCAGCCCUCCGGAAGCCGCGGCAUCUUGGGGAAACGGUGAGAAGAACCCCGCCGAGGGCACCUCGUCGGCCGAGGAAACCUCGCCUCGGAGGAAAUUGGAUCCCAAACCGCAGGACGGAACCCGGCUGCGACCCCCCCUCGCCGGCAUCGCUGGGACCUCGGCAGAUUCGGGAACCGGGGAUUCGGGGAGCGCCGAGAUCCAGGCUGAGGUUGUCGGGUCGCCUCCACAGCCGGUAACGAGCUUCUCGGACAAUUUGAGUGCGCGGAAUGUCAAUCCUGAGAAAAAGUCACCAUGCGGUGGUAACGGCAAGGGUACCGGAAAUACCGGGAAACAGACUGUAAAACCGUUUACCAAGGAGAGCUUGGAUCGGUUGGAAAAUCGGACUGUUCAACUUGUUCGCGAGUACGGAUUUCAGCCUCGCAGGAAGACGUCCGUUGAAGAUGGCGCUGUGCUUCCACACAAGUUCGAACCAUUUCCAGCCGAUCUCUACGGACGACCCUUGGAGGAAAUUGACAAUUUCAUUUAUGACGAGACGUUCUGCGUGGUGUCGAAAAGGUUUCGCAAGAAUUACAUUCAUAGGUUCACGGCGACGAACAGUUGGUUCUUCUUCUCGCCUUGGAAUCCUGUGAGACGGUGCUGUAUCUUCCUGAGUACGAACCAGUACUUCGACUACGUUGUCAUGGCCACAAUUCUACUAAACUGCGUCUUCCUGGCCAUGACUGAAACCGUGGAGGAAGCCGAGUAUAUCUUCUUGGCGAUUUAUACGGCGGAAAUGGUGAUAAAGUCUAUCGCCAAGGGGUUCAUAUUGAACAAAUACACCUACUUGAGAAAUCCUUGGAACUGGCUGGAUUUUUUAGUAAUAACCAGCGGCUACGCGACGAUCGGCAUGGAGGUGGGAAACCUGGCGGGAUUGAGGACCUUCAGGGUGCUCAGGGCGUUGAAGACGGUCUCCAUAAUGCCUGGUUUGAAGACAAUCAUAAACGCGCUGCUCCACAGCUUCAAGCAGCUGGCGGAGGUCAUGACGUUGACGAUAUUUUGUUUAAUGGUCUUCGCCCUCUUCGCCCUUCAAGUUUACAUGGGCGAAUUGAGAAACAAGUGCGUCAGGCAGCAGGAUCCGAACGAUACCCAAGUGGACUGGUACGAGUGGAACUGGAACUCGUCCAAUUGGGCCUUCAAUGAAGCCGAAGAGCCCAUCAUUUGCGGCAACGUAACUGGUGCCAGACACUGCAACGAGAGCUACACGUGCCUGUGCGUCGGCCCAAAUCCUAAUCAUGGAUAUACGAAUUUUGACAACUUUCUGUGGUCGAUGCUCACCACCUUUCAACUGAUAACUCUCGACUACUGGGAGGAUGUCUACAACAAGGUAUUGUCGGCGUGCGGACCUAUCAGCGUCUCGUUCUUCACGGUGGUCGUGUUCUUCGGUUCGUUUUACCUCAUCAACCUGAUGCUUGCCGUCGUGGCGUUGAGCUACGAAGAGGAAGCCGAAAUCACGAACGAGGAACGGAGAAAGGAUCUUACCGACCACCGUGAGGACUCGACGUUUAGUUUCGACCCGACAAAGAUCAACAUCAAGACCCUCACCAAGGAUAAACAGAAGAAAAUUGACGCACGUAAAGGUGUUCUGCUGAGCAGCUACACGAGGAAGAAAACCCGUAGAAGAAAACGCGGCCGGAGUUCAGCUGGUCAGGAAAAAAACGGCGGCACCCGUAGCAGGUCAGUGACACCGAGCCCGAGUCCGAGUCCUCGGCACUCGAGUGUUCGUCCGUCUCAUCUCCCGCUGCAGGUCGUCGCCGCGACGCGAGCCGUGGACCCUGGGAUAGUCCACCGGCUCGCGCCGCACCGAGGAAUGUUGCACUCGCGACAGGCGAGCAGCAACAGCAACCAGCAGUCGUCCCUGGACGACUCCGGGGUCGUCGACGAUCACGAGGGCGAUCACGACGGCGACGACGUCACUUCCGCCGAGGAACACGAGCGGAGGGAGCAUCGGGGCGACCGGCAGGAACGCCUCGCCCUCGAACAGCGUCGCCUGGAAGUAAACGAGCAGCAGGAGAGACAAACGUCAGCCGCUCCUCCCGUCACCGUCGCCGUCAGGACGACGAACCGGGAAAUCCGGGUCCUCAAGUGCAACGGUAUCAAAACGAAGAAACACAACAUGUACACUCUGCCCCCGGAUUACUUGUCGCAUAUCGUAGUUUUAGAUGAUCUUCCAGAUAGAAAUUGCGACAAGUGUAUCCAGUGCUGUGUCGACUACGACGGGUGGCUCAGGUUUCAGAAUUGCCUUUAUAAGGUGGUGAGAGACCCGCUGUUUGAGCUGACCAUCACGUUGUGCAUCGUUUUGAACACCGGGUUUCUUGCAAUGGAGCACCACGGGAUGAGCGAGAGCAUCCGGCAGGCGUUGAACAUCGGCAACAAGGUGUUCACCAGCAUAUUCACGUUCGAGUGUUUUCUCAAGCUGCUCGCUCUCAGCAAGGAUUUCUUCAACAACGGUUGGAACAUAUUCGACCUGAUAAUCGUCUCGGCCUCUCUAAUCGAUCUGACCUUCGAGCUGGUCGACGGACUCUCCGUGAUAAGGGGCCUCCGGUUGCUGAGGGUACUCAAGCUCGCGCAGUCUUGGACCACGAUGAAAGUGCUGCUGAGUAUCAUCAUAUCUACCAUCGGGGCCCUGGGUAACCUGACCUUCGUGCUCGUCAUCGUGAUAUACAUAUUCGCGGUGAUCGGCAUGCAGCUCUUCAGCAAGGACUACACCCUGGACAAGUUUUACCCCGACCCGGUGCCGCGGUGGAAUUUCAACGACUUCUUUCACUCGUUCAUGAUGAUAUUCAGGAUCCUGUGCGGGGAGUGGAUCGAACCCCUCUGGGACUGCAUGAGGGCGGAAAAGGACGAGGGACCCGAGACCUGCUUCGCGAUAUUCCUCCCGGCGUUGGUGAUGGGAAAUUUCAUGGUCCUCAAUCUCUUCUUGGCGUUGUUGCUCAACAGUUUUAACUCCGAGGAGCUGAAGCAGAAGAAGGAGGAGGUCGGGGAGGACUCGAAACUCGCGAGAUCGUUCGAUCGCAUAAGAUCGAUCGUUAGGAAGAAGAAAUACCGCAGGGAGAAUUCCGAGAACGAGAAGAACACAAGACUCGAGCAAAUCGUUCGGGAGGUUAUGGACAAAUCGGACAAGGAAAAGUACGCGAUACAGGAGACGGUGCUCAGUCUGCCGAAGGAAAACAUCUACAACCGGUCCUACCAGGAGAGCCUCAACCAGCCGGUAUUCACCUACGACCCCCUCUACCGUCAAGCGACGGUAACGACCUACAGUCAGAGCAGCCAGGAGACCGUCAGAGAGAAUAAAAAAAUUGAAGAAAAGGCGAAUCCCGAGGAAAGCAUAGAGCUCGAGGUCCUUAAGGACUCGAGCAAACCUGACGAGGAAGUCGCCAUGCUGCCCGAGAAGGAACCCAUUAGAAUGGACGAUCCACCCGAGAAAAGACCCUGGCACGCUCUCGUCAGCUACGUCGACGAAUUGACGGUCGGGGGCAGGAGGGACAGCAAGGGAAGGUACGUCGACGGUAUGGGAUCCUUUCCCGGCUUUGGAAGAAACAAACAGCCAAAGACACCGCAGGAUUGUUUUCCCCAGCACUGUUAUCAGAAAUGUUCCUGUAUCGAUCGUUGCAUCGCCACGGACCUCGGUAGAAAAUGGGUCAAAGUUCGUACCGCAGUUUUGUCGGUGGUCGACACUCCGGCGUUCGAAUGGAUGGUCCUGGUUCUGAUAUUCGCAUCUUCCAUAACGCUCUGCUUCGAGGAUAUAUACCUUGACGAUAAUCCCUUUUUGAAAAAGAUACUCUACUGGACGAAUUUGGGAUUCUGCGCUCUGUUCAGUAUAGAGAUGCUCCUGAAGUGGCUCGCCCUUGGAUUUUGUAAAUACUUCACAAGCUUCUGGACAAUAUUGGAUUUCAUCAUCGUUUUCGUGUCCAUCUUUAGCCUUUUGAUAGAGGAGAAUGAGAAUCUGAAAGUGCUGCGCUCGCUGAGGACUCUCAGGGCACUCAGGCCGUUGAGAGCAAUCUCAAGAUGGCAAGGCAUGAGGAUCGUAGUGAACGCGUUGAUGUACGCCAUACCUAGUAUUUUCAACGUGCUCCUCGUCUGUCUCGUGUUCUGGCUCAUUUUCUCCAUAAUGGGGGUGCAAUUUUUUGGCGGUAAAUUCUUCAAGUGCAUCGACGAUAACGGAGAGCUACUGCAGAAUUUAUCGUUAGUAAAUACGAAACAAGACUGCCUCAAUCUUAACUAUUCCUGGGAGAAUAGUAAGAUCACAUUCGACCACGUGGGCAUCGCCUACUUGGCUCUGUUUCAAGUCGCGACCUUCGAAGGGUGGAUGGAAGUGAUGGAAGACGCAGUUGACGCCCGAGGCGUCGAUCUCCAGCCUCAGAGGGAGGCAAAUUUGUACGCGUAUCUUUAUUUUGUCAUUUUUAUCGUAUGCGGUUCGUUCUUCACGCUCAAUCUGUUCAUCGGAGUUAUUAUAGACAACUUCAACAUGCUCAAAAAGAAGUACGAAGGUGGAGUGCUAGAAAUGUUUCUGACCGAGAGUCAGAAGCACUACUACACUGCCAUGAAAAAGCUCGGCCGCAAAAAGCCGCAGAAAGUGAUUAAGCGACCGAUGAAUCAAUUUCUCGCCAUGUUCUACGACCUGUCCAACUCUAGAAGAUUUGAAAUAGCAAUUUUCGUAUUGAUAUUUCUGAAUAUGCUGACGAUGGGAAUCGAGCACUACAGCCAACCGCACGCCGUCUUUUUCAUCCUCGAAGUAUCGAACGCAUUUUUCACAACAGUCUUCGGGCUCGAAGCUAUCGUUAAGAUAAUCGGGCUUCGAUAUCAUUAUUUCACGGUACCCUGGAACCUGUUUGACUUUUUGUUAGUGUUGGCCUCGAUUCUCGGCAUUCUAAUGGAAGAUAUCAUGAUGGACUUUCCCGUGUCCCCGACGCUCCUGCGAGUCGUGAGGGUGUUCAGAAUCGGAAGGAUCUUAAGGCUCAUUAAAGCUGCCAAGGGAAUAAGAAAGCUACUUUUCGCGUUGGUCGUCAGUUUGCCGGCGUUGUUCAACAUCGGCGCCCUUCUGGCCCUGAUUACGUUCAUAUACGCGAUCAUCGGCAUGUCCGUUUUUGGUCACGUAAGGAAACAGGGCGCUCUUGAUGACAUGGUAAAUUUCGAGACUUUUGGACGAAGCAUGCAGCUGCUGUUUCGACUGAUGACUUCGGCUGGAUGGAAUGACGUCCUCGAGUCUCUGAUGGUCCAACCACCGGACUGCGAUCCAACGCCUAAUAGCCGGCAGUCAAACGGCGACUGCGGUUAUCCCCUCCUGGCUAUAACGUACUUCACCUCGUUCAUCAUCAUUAGCUACAUGAUCGUGAUAAACAUGUACAUCGCGAUAAUACUUGAGAAUUUCAAUCAAGCGCAUCAGGAGGAGGAGAUCGGGAUAGUCGAGGAUGACUUGGAGAUGUUUUACAUCAGGUGGUCAAAGUACGAUCCGCACGCGACCCAGUUCAUCCGGUUCUCGCAGCUGAGCGAUUUUAUCGCGAGUCUUGACCCGCCGCUGGGAAUAUCAAAGCCCAACGUUGUUGCGUUGGUAAGCUUUAAUCUUCCCAUUGCGAAGGGUAACAAGAUCCAUUGUCUGGACAUCCUACAUGCUCUCGUCAAGCACGUUCUUGGACACGUUGAGGAAUCCGAGGAUUUCAGAAAGUUACAGGAGCAGAUGGACGUCAAGUUCAAAAAACAGUUCCCGACUAGGAAGGAACUCGAGAUUGUGUCUUCCACCAGGAUUUGGAAGCGCCAAGACAAGGCGGCCAGGCUGAUACAAAACACAUUCCGGGAAUACGUCAGGAUGAAGAAGGAGCGAGAACGCAUCGCCCACGAGGUCGACUCUCAGACCCAAACCUCGAGUCCGGGCGGCGGAGGAAGCGAAGGUAGGGGCGGGGGUGGAUGGGGCGGGAAGCUGUCGGCCCUGCUGCACGUGCACCGGGGCAGCCGGGCCAGCAGCCGCAAGUCCUCUCGGGCCAGCGACGCCAGCGAUCUCAGCGAACUCGGGACCGCCUCUGCCUGGUUAUUCCCGAAUUUACCGCUGCUGCUACUCUCCGGCGCCGCCGGGACCCACGACGACCUGCAGCCCCCUGCCCUGACCGUGUCCCGCCCCUCGCCCACCACCGAGCAACCCUCGGCAGCGUCCAGCUCGGGAUCCGACUCCCACGGCACCGUCAGAUCGUCAGGGGCGAUGUUAGGUCGUCAGGACGCCGUCGAGACCUACGCCGACGAAGAUGUCCUGAGUCCGCCGACGUCGAAACGCGGUUCCUUACGUCCGAGUGGAACGGCUCUAUCCUUGAACAUGCUCCAGCGGGACAUCAAGGAGGCGUUCAACAGACGCUGCGGGAGCCUGAGGCGACGUCCGGUUCCGGAACCGGUUCCGCUCCCGAUCGCCGACGGAAGUGACGUGAGCAUCCUGGUGACCGAACCAAGCCCGGAAAGCACAGCGCCGCCGAGCAGGCCGCCGCUUCUUCGACAGCAAUCCGAGGCGACCGUCGUCCACGUCCUGGUCCACAGAGAGAGCGAGGAGUACCACGUUUCCGGCGACGAUAGCUGAUCCCUGCAUAAUGCGGAAGACGCGGUCACCCGCCCGGAUUCUAAAGAGGCAAUUUAUCAAGACUUGAAUCGUUGAUAGAGUUAUAUUAUACAUAGGCGAUCGUUUCUUCUCAAAUUUGUAACUUAUUAUAUUAUAUAUUUGACUUUCAACAUGUUGGAGAAGAACGAGAAGAGAGAAAGAAAUAGUCGUGGACACGAUGCGUAAUGGGAUCGUCUCUUGAAACGAAUUGCGUUUUUUAAUGGGGCAUGUUUUUGUUCCCAUUGCAAUGCCGUUUUAUUUACCACUUUUGUGUAAUGAGAAGUCUUUAUUUGCUACCAGGAUUCUUCUGCUUGAACACCUUUUGGAUACUGGCAAUUAAUUCACUUUACUUUUAAGAAAUUUUGGCAAUAGAAAUUUCAGGAGAGUCACAGAAUUUUAGAACACAGUUUAGGAUAUACUUAGAACCAAAACCAAAGGACAAGAAUAAACAAUACGCGGAUACCGUUUCAAGAGACAUUCCUUGUACACUUACAGGAUACCCAAAAUAGAGCAGAUACUAUAAUUUCAUACAACGCUCUGCUGUUCUUAAUUACAAUCUAGAGUCAUAAAUACUUACGUCAACUUUAUGCCAAUCUCAGUCAGUUAAAUUUGCAGUUUAACAUGCAAUUUCAUAUAAUUUUCAUACAUUAUAUACUAAUACGUUGCAGUUGAACUUGGCCCGUAGGUUUAUUUAUAUUCAUAGGGAUUAAAUAUCGAAGAAGAGGAAAAAGGAUAAAAAUACUAUUGUACAGUUUUACGGUCGUUUUUGGGGAAUGUAUUAUACACUUUGGAAGAUUUUCCAUUUUUCCCUCCUCGUACACUAUUUUUCAACUCUCCCCAGCUUCUACAUUCAGCAAAUCGUUUUGCAUGUAUGUACAUUCGGGUGAUUUAGAAAAACAUUUCAUAAUUUCUGGGACUUUUUGUUCAUCAAGUCGAUUGUAUGUUCCAAAAUUUCCAAAAAAAAAAAAAAAACCUAGAUCAAUACAGAGAUCCCGAUAGAUGCAUUCGGAAACACUAUUAAGUUCAGAAAUUAUCUGUCAGUUCAGCAGUGGGAAUGAAAAUUUGCACAAGCGUAACGUUAAAAAUAAAAAAUAAAUGAUGCAGAUAAACACGUUUUUUUUUUUUUUUUUUUUUUUAACACCCCAAUUUACAUGCGCAGAAACGUAUAUUUGCACGGUUAACCUACUUUUCCAGCCUCUCUUUGCGAACCCAAAUUUUACAUUUUACAAACCAGAGUAUUUGCCUUGGCUAUAGUGUUACAACUUUAGCAAGUAUUUACAUCGCUUAAAUUUCGUCGCAGUUAAACGUAGCGUGAUGUUAUUUAUUGAACAGAAGUGAAAAAAAAAGUCCAUAGUAGAAUAAUAAAAUUAAAAAAUAAAAUCUACUGCCUCAAUUACUCACGUAGCGUGUAGAGGAAGAGCGUGUGAAUUUUUUCAAGAGAACAAGGUUUGAAACACAUUUCCACACACACCUUUUUGUGUUUUUACGUUCCAUCGUUUACUUUCUGUUUUAGCGAAUAACAGGCUGACAGAUUUAAAAUCGUUUGAAAUUCAACUUUUCGAAUUUACAACUUCAGCAAUUGAAACUCGUCAAACUGCUAAAUCUUUUUGUGAAGAAUUGUUUAAAUAAAUUACAGUAAGUGACGGAAAUAACUUACCGGAUUUAUAUGUUACACGAUUUUAUAAGUUUACAGAUCAGAUAAGGCGUCGCUUAUACGUACGAGAUAUAAUAUUAAUAUUAUUAUUGCUAUUGGUAUUACUAUUAUUAUUAUCACUAUUAUUAAUUUUUUUUUUAUCUUUAUUACUUAGGUAAUGUAUACAAUACAGUUGUGAAAUCUAGACGUUGAGAAUGAUGACGAUUAUAUCUAGGCAUGUAUAAAAACACGCAGUUAAGUAGGUGUAGCUACGAUACAUUAUUAUUAUUAUUGUUAUUAUUAUUAUUAUUACUUGUAUAGAUGAAGGACUGUUACAAUCGCGGUUUAUUAUCGGCUGACCGAGUGACGUCACGGGAAUAAAGGUAAAAUAACAGAGCGGUAGUUCGCGGGACAACGAAUUUUUCAAAUCAAAUUAAGUGAAAAAUAAGAAGAUGUAUAGGAAGAAAAAAAAAAAAAGAACAACAAAAACAUUAAGAGAUCGUUUUAUCGGCUGGGUUCAAAUAAU